AACGAUGGUCAAACAAUGUAUUUCAGAAUACUAUUUGUUUUCUUUAACAGGGAUACGUUUCACGCACUUUUUUUUUAUAGAUUUGAAAUAAUUGGAAAAAAAUAUAUAAAUACUAUUAUACAAUCAAUAUCUAUCAUACAUAAUUUUCUAUUGUACGAAGAAAAGAAUAGUCAAGUAGCCAAUCGUUCAAAAGCUGACAAGGCUUCAAAUGGUGUUAAAAAACUAAAUAUUAUUAAUGACGAGGUGUCACUUAAUAAACUUGAUAAUCUAGAUAAAUCUGAAAACUUGAGUGAUUUAGGAAUAUUUAUUUCCAAUGCUACAGCUAAAUGGACCGAUAUUCAAACUGAAAAUUCUUUAGAAAACAUCAAUCUAACUGUCAGGCCUGGUCGAUUAGUCGCGAUUAUCGGACCUGUCGGAGCUGGAAAAAGUUCAUUAAUACAAGCAAUAUUAAGAGAAUUACCUCUCUCUGAAGGGAACAUUUCUGUGCGUGGUGUUGUAUCAUACGCAUCACAAGAACCAUGGUUAUUUGCUGGUUCAGUUCAGCAAAAUAUUCUAUUUGGUUUGCCUAUGGACAAAGAACGUUAUAAAAAAAUUAUAAAUGUAUGUGCAUUAAAAACCGAUCUUGAACAAUUUCCUUACAGCGAUAGAACAAUUGUGGGAGAAAGAGGUGUUUCUCUUAGUGGUGGACAAAAAGCCAGAAUUAAUUUAGCAAGAGCUAUUUAUAGACAAGCUGAUAUUUAUUUAUUGGAUGAUCCUCUAUCUGCUGUUGAUACACACGUUGGGAAACAUUUAUUUGAAAAAUGCAUAAAAGGUUAUCUCAAAGAACAGACUUGUAUUCUUAUUACUCACCAACUACAAUACCUAACUAAAGUUGAUAAAAUCAUUUUAAUGGAAAAUGGGAAUAUUUUAGCUGAAGGCUCGUAUGAUGAACUUCAAGCAUCUGACUUGGACUUCACAAAGUUAAUCAAUUCUUCUGCAGAGACAACUGAUAUCUUCGAAAACGAAUCUAUUAAAUUUACAAAUUCAAGUUAUAUAAAUCCAAAGUCGAUUUUAUUACGGCAAGAUUCUGUUCAAUGUGUGGCAUCGUCCAAUGAUGAUCCUAAACAGUACGGUGGUAUUCAAGAAGAACCAAUUGAAGUAGCUGAAACUCGUUCAUCUGGGAAUAUUUCAUUUACUGUGUAUUCAUCAUAUUACUCUGCUGGAGGAAAUGUUUUUAUUAAAACAUUUUUACUAUUUAUUUAUAUUUUCACUCAAAUUUUGAUUACUGGUGAAGAAUGUUGGAUAACAUUUUGGGUCAAUCUAGAAGAACACGUUUUUCAACAUGCACAUAUUGUAGAAAUAAAUAAAUUAACAACUGUAGUUAUUGGUACAAAUACAUAUACGAAUAAUAGUAUUACAACAACGGAAGAAAUAUCUGGUACCUUUUUGUGGUGGAACAUUUCACGACAAACAUGUAUUAUCGUUUUUGUAGUUUUCAUAUUUUCUAUAAUAUUAUCUGCGUUCUUAAGAGCUGUCACGUUAGUAUCAGUUAGUAUGAAAACAUCAAUGAAUUUACAUAAUAAUAUGUUUAAUGCUAUAACGAGAGCUACAAUGUAUUUCUUUAACACAAAUUCAUCUGGGCGAAUUCUAAACCGAUUUUCUAAAGACAUGGGUACAAUAGAUAAUAUGUUACCAUUUGUUUUCAUGGAUUGUAUACAAAUUGGGCUGAGAUUAUUGGGAAUAACUAUUGUGAUUGGAAUUAUUAAUAUUUAUCUAAUGAUCCCAAUAUUCAUCAUUAGAAUAAUAUUUUACAAUCUUAGAGUUUUCUAUUUGUCAACUUCUCGAAGUAUCAAACGAUUGGAUGGAAUUACAAAAAGUCCUAUGUUUGAUCAUUUAAAAGCAUCUCUACAAGGUUUAACAACUAUAAGGGCAUUUGAAGUAGAACACGUUUUGUCUAAUGAAUUUGAUAACCAUCAAGUAAGAAAAAAAUUAUACAUUUAUAAUAGGUACUUCAAAUUAUUUUAUAUUUAAGGAUUUAAAUUCUUCGGCGUGGUAUUUGUACAUAACA